AUGUUCGCUCGUCUUCUUACUGUAGCAGUUCUGGUGGGCUUAGGAUGUCAAGCUUGCGACCUCGGCCAAGACUCUACUGGUCCUACUAUCAACUUUGGAUCAUACAAAGGGAUUAUGAGUAAGUUUUGAAUGAUACUAUUGAUAAUGUAAGAGCUGUUAUCUUACCAAUACUGCAGAUAAAAGACAGAGUUCAAAGCACACUCAAAAUUUCUUAUUUUUAUAUAAAAACUAAAAACAAAAUUUAAUGUUUUAGCUGAACAACUUGACUUUUUUGACCAAAAAGUGAUUUCUGGUGGCUCUGACGACUCUAUCGGUGUACCCCAAUCUGUCAACAAAGCCUUCAAGAAAGCUCUUCUAACCAAAGACAAUGUCGACACCUUCUUCCAAAGCAACCCCUUGCUGAUCAAGAUCACCGCCGCCAAUGGCAAACAGUUCUUCCGCAACUCCACUUAUGAGUUCAAGGUAACAGCUGUGGAUGGUGAUAAGUGGGUUCUUGGCAAGAGCAUCUACGACAGUUUGUGUCAAUCUACUACGCCUACUAAUGAUCAUUGA